AUGGAUUUGACUAGCUCUGCUGCAAAAAUUCUAAUUUCUGGUGUUUUUCUUUUUAUAGCAAAUAUCAUACUAUUCCUAGUUUAUCGAAAAGCUUAUCGUUUUAACAGUGAGCGGAACACGGCGACAUACCCAAUUGUGAACAGUUUCUAUAAAAAAGUGGCUUUAAUAAAUGCAUUAUAUUUUAUUGAAUCAAUCUUGAUAGUUGUUAAUCUAAAUGUUACUAAUGAAUGGCUUAAUAAAAUUGCAAUAAUAUUUAACAAUACUAUGAAAACUAUCGUGAUAUACAUAGGACAAUCAUGUCAAGUAUUAAUAGCUCUACUUGCAAUUCGAAAGAUUUUUAUUUUCUUUUUCCCGGACACGAAACAAUAUUUAAUGGUUACCGAAUAUACACUAAAGAUUACUACCAAUUGUAUUUUAUUGGUUUUUGUGCUAGGAUUUUUAGCAUUAAAAAGCGGGUUUUUUGGCAAAAACGCGAACAUUGUUAGUUACAAAAUUAGAAAUUCUUCAUUCAAGAAUAUUUUUUUAGAUGGCUUAUGUACUGCUCAUCGUUAUACUCCCCAUUUGUGCAUUAUUUCAAAUUCUGAUUCAAUUUGUCUCAGCUCAGCGUAAUAAGUACAUUUUGUGCCAAUUUAUUCUGGUGGUGAUUAUGAAAAUUACUUGUUGUAUAAUGUCUCUUUUCCGAGUUCAGGCCACAAUUCAUGAGGUUUUUCAAGCCGCUGAGUUAUCAGAUUGCUUUCUCACUCCUGUCUUUAUUAAAAUAUCCUAUUUAAUGUACCAUCGGCCCAGUUUUAAAACAUUUUGUAAAUGUUUGAAUUGCUGUAAAUGUUUCAAAACGACUACAGUUGAACCACUGGGACAUAGACAAGAAAUUUUUGCGAUAAAUGCUAAUUAAUG